AUGGAUGUCACAAACCGAGUUAAUCAAGAUGAUUUAUGGGAUGCUGUGGCCAAAGGGAAGAUUGACACAUUGAAACAAAGAUGGACACAAGAUGUGAGUCUUGUUUAUAAAUGCAAAUUGGGUUGUUUCGAUCAAAGUAUUCUCCACUUGGUUGCAAGUCACGGUUAUGUUGAAGAUGUGAAGAAUAUUCUAAAUCAUGAUCCGGAGCUGGCAGAAGUUAUUGAUUCUAGGCAAUGGUCGCCUCUUCAUGUGGCGGCGGCCAAGGGACACAUGGCUGUACUAGAAGAGUUGCUUCCUCAUAGCCACCAUGUGGCUCGAGUUAAGACCAACCAUGGCGAAACCAUUCUCCAUCUCUGCAUCAAGCACAAUCGUCUUGAUCCUCUUAAACAGCUGCUUGUCGACGUUAUCAAGGAUAACGAGUUUGCAAAUCGUAAGGAUGCUGAAGGAAACACCAUUCUUCAUCUUGCUGUCAUGCUUGGACAUGAACCAAUUAUGGACUACUUACUUAUGGACAAGAUUAUUGAUUUUUCUUAA